AUGACCUCCCUGCCACCCAUCUCAACCCUCCCAUCACUGGAUACCGAAGAGCGAGCUCGAAUCCUCGACCUGCUCUUCGAACCAUGUACCCAACUCCACACGUUAUCCGUCAGCCUGCUGCACGAACAAAAGUUCUCAUCGUACAGCGACCUCGUCGACGCCGUAGGCAAGCAAUUACAGGAUCUCCGCCAGUCUGACCUGGAAAGCGAUCGCAAAUGGCUCGAGGCCAUCUUAUCCGCCCACCCCAGGCUAGGCGAAAAGAAAGUCGACAGCGAACAAUCCCGCCAGGAGCAAGCACAGCUCAACCAAGGCGGAUCCGACGAGGCAGACAAGUUGGCAGACCUGAACGCAAAGUAUGAAGACAAGUUUCCCGGCUUGAGAUACGUAGUCUUCGUCAACGGCAGGAGUCGGCCCGUCAUCAUGGAUGACAUGCAGAGGCGAAUAGAUCGGGGAGAUAUCCAGCUGGAGAAACAGGAAGCCAUCCAGGUAGGUUUCGGUAAUUCCCAUUGA